AAGAUUCAUCAUCCACACCAGCUAAGGCAGAGAUCAAUAUCGACUAUGAUGAUGUAUAUUUUGAUGAUUCCGAUGAAUCAAUAGACUCGAACCACCCAAUCCAUGACAUUCUCUUGUGUGAAGAAAUUGCUCGAUUAGAGCCGGGCCAAAGAGGUUCGAAGAACCAGGCGCUUUCACAUGAUGAUAGUGAAAGACUUAUCUUCCACCUGCCUUUCUUUUACGAUCUGCACGACAAUGAUUCUGAAGAAGAGAUGCCAGAUGAUUCGAAUGAUGGAUAUGAUGGAUAG